AUGUCUGCCUCGUUCUCAUUCCUGCAUGUCACAUCUUUUGAAGAUGACGCACAAACUAAUCUCUGCUUUUUUUGUUUGGUUGUUAUAACAUCCACAAAUGCGAAAAUUUCUACGCUGACAACAGCUGCCCUCACCACGCCCAGUGCUGUGACUGGCAACGCAGCAACUGGAAAUGCUGCAACCACAGCUAACAAUGCAGCAACUGGCAAUGGAGCAACGGGCAACGCCGCAACCACAGCUGGCAACGCAGCGACUGGCAACGCCGCAACCACAGCAGGCAAUGCUGCGACUGGCAACGCAGCAACUGGCAACGCCGCAACCACAGCAGCCAAUGCUGCGACUGGAAACGCUGUAUCCACAGCUAACAAUGCAGCUACUGGCAAUGGAGCAACUGGCAACGCCGCAACCUCAGCUGGCAAUGCUGCAACUGGCAACGCCGCAGCAACUGGCAACGCCGCAACCACAGCUGGAAACGCAGCGACUGGCAACGCCGCAGCGACUGGCAACGCCGCAACCACAGCAGGCGAUGCUGCGACUGGCAACGCAGCAACUGGAAAUGCUGCAACCACAGCUAACAAUGCAGCAACUGGCAAUGGAGCAACGGGCAACGCCGCAACCACAGCUGGCAACGCAGCGACUGGCAACGCCGCAACCAUAGCAGGCAAUGCUGCGACUGGCAACGCAGCAACUGGCAACGCCGCAACCACAGCAGCCAAUGCUGCGACUGGAAACGCUGUAUCCACAGCUAACAAUGCAGCUACUGCCAAUGGAGCAACUGGCAACGCCGCAACCUCAGCUGGCAAUGCUGCAACUGGCAACGCCGCAGCAACUGGCAACGCCGCAACCACAGCUGGAAACGCAGCGACUGGCAACGCCGCAGCGACUGGCAACGCCGCAACCACAGCAGGCGAUGCUGCAACUGGCAACGCAGCAACUGGAAACGCUGCAACCACAGCUAACAAUGCAGCGACUGGCAAUGGAGCAACUGGCAACGCCGCAACCACAGCUGGCAACGCAGCGACUGGCAACGCCGCAACCACAGCAGGCAAUGCUGCGACUGGCAACGCAGCAACUGGAAACGCUGCAACCACAGCUAACAAUGCAGCUACUGGCAAUGGAGCAACUGGCAACGCCGCAACCACAGCUGGCAACGCAGCGACUGGCAACGCCGCAACCUCAGCUGGCAAUGCUGCAACUGGCAACGCCGCAGCAACUGGCAACGCCGCAACCACAGCUGGAAACGCAGCGACUGGCAACGCCGCAGCGACUGCAACUGGCAACGCCGCAACCACAGCUGGCAACGCAGUGACUGGCAACGCCGCAACCACAGCAGGCAAUGCUGCGACUGGCAACGCAGCGACUGCAACUGGCAACGCCGCAACCACAGCUGGCAACGCAGCGACUGGCAACGCCGCAACCACAGCAGGCAAUGCUGCGACUGGCAACGCAGCAACUGGAAACGCUGCAACCACAGCUAACAAUGCAGCUACUGGCAAUGGAGCAACUGGCAACGCCGCAACCACAGCUGGCAACGCAGUGACUGGCAACGCCGCAACCACAGCAGGCAAUGCUGCGACUGGCAACGCAGCAACUGCGACUGGCAAUGGAGCAACUGGCAACGCCGCAACCACAGCUGGCAACGCAGCGACUGGCAACGCCGCAACCACAGCAGGCAAUGCUGCGACUGGCAACGCAGCAACUGGAAACGCUGCAACCACAGCUAACAAUGCAGCUACUGGCAAUGGAGCAACUGGCAACGCCGCAACCACAGCUGGCAACGCAGCGACUGGCAACGCCGCAACCACAGCAGGCAAUGCUGCGACUGGCAACGCAGCAACUGGCAACGCCGCAACCUCAGCUGGCAAUGCUGCAACUGGCAACGCCGCAGCAACUGGCAACGCCGCAACCACAGCUGGAAACGCAGCGACUGGCAACGCCGCAGCGACUGGCAACGCCGCAACCACAGCAGGCGAUGCUGCGACUGGCAACGCAGCAACUGGAAACGCUGCAACCACAGCUAACAAUGCAGCGACUGGCAAUGGAGCAACUGGCAACGCCGCAACCACAGCAGGCAAUGCUGCGACUGGCAACGCAGCAACUGGAAACGCUGCAACCACAGCUAACAAUGCAGCUACUGGCAAUGGAGCAACUGGCAACACCGCAACCACAGCUGGCAACGCUGCAACUGUUAGCGCCAUUACUGCAAACACUGCCAUCACAGGUGGCACGACCGGCAACACUGGAGCAACGAUGACAGCCACCCACGUGGGCAGCAUCCUCACAUGUCACCUCGCCAUGGCACUCCUUAAACUCUACACAAUAUAAAUCCGCUGUUAGUUGAAUGUAAAAUGUCCCGAAACAGGUGUUGACAGGUUGAAACAAAGAUCUGGAUGAUACUGUGUGCGUUAAGUUGUUAUUUAAAAGGCAAAUUAUUUUGACGCUCUAUUAUUUAACAUGUCAAUAAAGCUAAUGUGUGUGCAAGUAUUUUUAUUUAUUUUGUUUCUGCUGCCAUUCGUAACUGGAUGUGUGAUCAUGAGAGUAUGGAAAGGCAAAUGUUGUACAGUUGAUGUAAUUUAUUUAAUUGGCCUUCAUCAAGCAACAUGAAUAAUAAACUUAUUUAAGUGUG